AUGGAUGCUGCGCAGGUGGGAGAGACGAUAGGAAAGAAAGCGAAUGGACAAGUCUCGUAGAUUGUUGAUAUUAAAAAGUCGUCGUUUAUAGACGGUACAGAGAGACGCGCGGGAUAGAAACCACGUUCAUCUGCAGUAUCACACCUUUACUCUUCGAGUGAUGCUGAUGCUGGCGUCUAUGCAGUGAAAUGUUAGGCUCCGUCUGACCCUGCGCCAACUUGGAGCUGAGCUUCUUCAUCCCCCUUCUCCUGCCUCCAGAUCAGGGGAGGAACCACAAGCACAUCUACCUCCACAUAUCUCUCUACCCAGUUACUGCCAUCCAUCCUUUAUCCCUAAAGAUAGAUGAGCCUGGGAGGUUUUGUUUGAGCUGAACUAAGUGGAGCCCAGUCUGGGUGAAGGAAUGCUCUGUGUGUAGGCCCUCUCCAGUCCCAACCAUGAGCCACCAGGAGGCGCCACCUGUCCAUGAAUUAAGAGAGGCGGCUGAGGCCGAUCUGGAGCGCAGGGGGCCUGAAGGCCAGCAGCCUCCCUCAUCCCACCGUAGACGCCAUGACAAUGGAGAUGGCAGCUCCCGAUCUGGUCGAACCCGUAACCACCACAGCAAUCACGGUACAGAGAAUAACCACUCCCAGUCCCAACAGCAGGGGGCUCAGCGCUACCGUAGGUAUGAGGGAUCUAACGGAGGAACGAACCGCACACGUGCUGCGAGGAGGCAGACUGAAGAAGGCAGUGCGGACCAGCAGCCCAUACCGAGACCCGCAGUGACACGUUACCGCAGACAGGGGGACAACGAGGCCCGGCUACGGGCGCAGCAACAGAGACAGAGGCAGCGGGAAAGGCAGCAGAGAGAUGCGGAAAGGGUCGAACAGCACAGGGAACAGAGUCUCAGCUCCCCUACGCAGCCUUUGCCGUCGGCCCAAGAACCGGAGGAUGCUGAGGAGGAUGACGGGGAAGAAGGCAGCGUGCUGGCCCGAUCUGCAAGUACUGAGAGUGGCUUCCACAACCACACCGACCGAGCAGAAGGAGAUGCGGUCAUGGCCAUGGAAGCCGAGCCAGAGGACGAAAGUACGUACGGCAUCCCGCUUCGCCCUGAAGCAGAGGAGUACACGGAAAGUGCCGAAUCGGAGCAACAGCAUGGUGGUCCAGCUUACCCCCAGCCCCAGUACCCACCUCAGCCUCCGCCGCUACCUCGAGAGCCCCUACCCAAUGCAGAGAGACCACACAGUCGCGAUGCAGAGACGCUAAAUCCCAACUACUCCAAUUAUGUUUACACUCAACCCAUGUACCGCAACCCCGACGGAGCAGGAGAGCCCUGCGAGGGUGGAGCAACAGAAGAUGAGCCCUACUCUGAACCUUACACUGAAUACUCCGUCCAGGAGCACGUUUAUGAAGAGAUAUCAGACGCCCCCUCAACCAAAGCUGAGGGUCAGACGCCUCAGCAAAGAAAAGCGGAAUUUAGACUCUUCGAGCGCGACUUGUACCAGCAGCAGGAGGCUGUCGGUUCCAGGCUCCACCACUACGAUGAGCGAUCUGAUGGGGAGUCGGACAGCCCGGAGAAGGAAGCAGAGUUCGCCCCCUACCCCCGUGUGGAUAGCUGCGAGCAGGACGAGGACAUUGACCAGAUUGUGGCGGAGGUGAAGGAGAGUCUUAGCUCGCAAAGCCUGGAGCGUGUUGCCAUGGGUCUAGACAAAGACGGGGAGGAGGAAGAAGACUGGCGCGAGUCUGAACACCAGUCCCAUGGUCAAACGGAGGAGAUCAAACCCCCAGAGCAAGAGGGUGAUGGAGAGGGCAGGGAGCAGCCCCUUAAAAGCCCCUCAGAGGAGUCGGGAACAGUAAAGAGCAGUCGUGACAAGAGAGACGCGAUCUCACUAGCUAUUAAAGACAUCAAAGAGGCAAUAGAGGAGGUGAAGACAAGGACGGUUCGCUCGCCCUACACGCCAGACGAGCCCAAAGAACCCAUCUGGGUAAUGAGACAAGACCUGAGUCCCACAGCAGAAUCUGACCUACAGCCGUCUCUAGGAGGCGAUUCUCCAGGCUCUGGCUCCACCUCCCCGCAGGGGGCGGAGUCCUCCAGUCGUCACCUGCCUUCACAAGAGGGGAGUGACAGCUUUGAGUCUCCGUCUCCAGCCAGUAAAGAGUCAAAGAAAAGUCUUGCUUCAUUUCCAACAUAUGUGGAAGUGCCAGGACCUUGUGAUCCAGAGGAUCUCAUAGAUGGUAUUAUCUUUGCUGCUAACUACUUGGGAUCCACCCAGCUGCUCUCCGACAAGACGCCCUCUAAAAACGUGCGCAUGAUGCAGGCCCAGGAGGCUGUGGGUCGCAUUAAGACGGCCCAGAAAUUAGCCAAAAACAGGAAGAAGGCUCCUGAAGGAGAAGCUCAACCCAUGACAGAAGUGGAUCUCUUCAUCUCCACUCAAAGGAUCAAAGUUCUCAAUGCAGACUCACAGGAGACCAUGAUGGACCACGCUUUAAGGACCAUCUCGUACAUUGCCGACAUCGGGAACAUCGUAGUGCUGAUGGCGAGGAGAAGAAUGGCCCGUUCUGACUCACAGGAGAACACGGAGGCCUCUGAUCCAGCCCAGGAUGAGAAGCGCCAAUACAAGAUGAUCUGCCACGUGUUUGAGUCUGAAGAUGCUCAGCUCAUAGCACAAUCCAUUGGCCAGGCCUUCAGCGUGGCAUACCAAGAGUUCCUGCGUGCCAACGGCAUCAAUCCAGAAGAUCUGAGCCAGAAGGAGUACAGCGACCUACUCAACACACAGGACAUGUACAAUGAUGACCUCAUUCACUUCUCAAAGUCUGAAAACUGCAAAGAUAUUUACAUAGAGAAGCAGAAAGGAGAGAUUCUCGGGCUGGUGAUCGUGGAGUCGGGCUGGGGCUCCAUCUUGCCCACUGUUAUCAUAGCAAACAUGAUGCACGCCGGUCCCUCUGAGAAGUCCGGAAGGCUGAACAUUGGGGAUCAGAUUAUGUCUAUCAACGGCACCAGCCUGGUGGGAUUACCCCUCUCCACCUGUCAGAGCAUUAUAAAGGGAUUGAAGAACCAAUCUAGAAUAAAGUUGAACAUUGUCAGAUGUCCCCCCGUGACCACCGUUCUCAUCAGAAGACCAGACCUGAGAUAUCAGCUGGGCUUUAGUGUGCAGAACGGCAUUAUCUGUAGUCUCAUGAGAGGAGGUAUAGCGGAGCGCGGUGGGGUGCGUGUCGGACACCGGAUCAUUGAAAUCAAUAGUCAGAGUGUUGUGGCCACCCCGCAUGAGAAGAUUGUACACAUUCUGUCAAAUGCGGUCGGUGAGAUUCACAUGAAGACUAUGCCGGCUGCCAUGUACCGCUUGUUAACAGCCCAGGAGCAACCAGUUUACAUCUAAACGCUUUCUCAAGUCUCCUGCCCUGUUGUCACCAGAUAUAACCUUAAUGUUGAUGUGAAACUCUGAGCCCUGUGGACUGGUGACUGUGUGAUUGAAUCCAGCGAAGCUCUGCUAAACGCGGCUCUCCACAAUACUUUCGGUCUCUCCUUACCGUUCCCGUCAUCUCAUCUUUUUCCCUUUCUGUGAGUGAGUAUGCUGUGCCGUGUCAUACCUCCUUCUGUGUGCGCUCAGCUUGGUUGCGAAAGUAAAGGACAGGAGCGAAUGGCGAGAAGGGGACGCGGAAACUAAAGAGGCAUGGGGAUCUUUAUUACUAUUAAACUAUUAAAACCAAAUUUGUACUCACAUUAUAUUUACAACACAACGCUUCGUGGUUGACAAAAACGUGAGCGUAAAAUGAAAAAGGAGUUUGCCUUACUGUACUUGUACUGUACGCUUUUAUUUAUUGGAGCUGGGUAGCUUUUAGAUUCAACUCAGUUAGGAAUAUGGAGAAGCAGGGAUGUUUAUUUCUCUAGCAUCUGGGGCAUUGUGGAAUGUCUUGUAGAUUUGUUUUUCCUGGAGCAUCCGGACGUGUUUUUUAGUUAGUGGACACAGUUUGUCAACCAUCCAAAUGCUGUUCUCACUUGUGGGAUGCCAGAGAUUUCUUGGUAUGAGAUUUGAUGACACUUUGUCAGUCUGAGACGCCUUUUCCAACAAAAAACAUUCAGGCACAUUUCAAAUCAUCUUCAACCUGCUUAUAGUUUAAAUACUGAGAAAUCUCCAGCAUCCUCCAAGUGCAAAAGCAACUGAUGAGUGGCAGAAGAGUCUGAAUAUAAAACAUGUCUAGAUGUUUAUGAAUAAAAGUACUGGUGAAUGGAAAGGGUUCAUAAGAUGUGCAAAUGUCAUGCAAAUACACACAAUUACAAUAUCAAAAUAGUAUAUCUAGAAGUAUGUUGUAGGUAUGUAUUAGAGAACAUUUAAAUAGAGAUAAUGCCUUACAGAAUGUUGAUGCCAUAUUGUGAAAGGAUUUAGGUUUUUUCAGACUUAAUCUGGGUGAAGUCAAAUGACAUUUAUGAUGUUUCUUUGACUAUAUGGGGGACAUUUGUAGAUCACAGAAUAAUUGACUUAUGGGCCUAAACUUAUAUAACGCAAAUACUCUGACUCCAAGUCAGUUAAUGAAGAGAAAAGAUCAUAAUUAUUAAGCAUCAUGUUUGUGUUUUUUAUUUUCCUGUUUUUAUCUUUUAAUCGACAUGGUGUGCAAUAUAUUAUUUGUUGUAAAUGGCUGCAUUCUUCAUUUUUAAGCACUGAAUACUUUCCCCUUUUUGACUUAAUAUUUCAUCUGCAAAUUGAUAUUGCACAUUAAAUAUUGUCACGUUGUUAGCAUUCUAUUUUUUUUAAUGAUUCAUACUCGAAAACAAAUGUGAAACUUUUGUUGGGGAUAUUAUAGUCUCGUGUUGAUAUCUUGUGUUGGAGUUUUAUGAAUUCAAUUUACCUCACCGGAUGUGAUGAAGUCAAGUCAUAACUGUCUUUUUUAUCAUCUAUGUUUAAUUCAUGUGUGCUACUUUUUCACUCGUUACAGAAUGUGUCUUAAAACCGUAUUCACCCGUCUGUAUGCUGCAUUUGGAUGUUAAUCAUGGGUGGACAUCUUGGGUGAUUUUGUGUAAUUCACAUACUAUUACACAAUACCAUGAAUCUUACCAUGAACUGGUGCAAGAACUACUAAUCAAGUAUCAUUCCUCUCCAUUACUUCCUUCUAAAAUAUUACAUUAUAAAUUUGUUCUUCGUACCUGAAACGUCUGUUUUCCGAGAAUCAGUAAAUGGCUUACGAGAAGAACCUUUCUCAAUGCUUAUUGACCAAAUUUCCCUACCAUUAAGUGUACUUGUGUUGCCUGGAAUUCUUCUAUUUUUAAACACACCCACUAUUGAAACACCAUUUUGCAAAGCUUGCCAUCUAAUGAAUCAUACGGCGAUAUAGAUGACGAUGAUGUCACCAUCACAGUGUUAAAUCUGCAUUGACACAGAAAUAUUGUGAUCAAUCUUAUUGCUAUGGUAUGGCCAGGUAUUAUACAUCUGAGAGGUUACUGUUCCAGUCAAUGCUUACCUGUAGUUGGUAGGAAAAAGUUCUUCUUGUUGCUAAAAAUGUGUUUUAACCCAAAAUCACAUUCUGACACCUUAAUUUUCUGACUGAAAUGUAAACACACAUGAAGGGAUUCAUGUUUUGUUGUUUUGUUCUUUGUUUUUAGAUGAGGCAUGGUGUUUUUCUCAAUGGUCUGCUUUGCUACUUAUUCAUGUGAGAGGGUGACGUGGUUACAAAUGACUUCAUACAACCAGCUUAACAUUUUCAUAUAAAUACAUACACGUUAUAUAUUUAAAUAUAUUUUUUAUUUAUUUAAAUAGAGCAUCAUAUACACAAUAUAUCUGAUGAAUAUAACAUACAUAAUAAUGAAAGCAAACUGUGCAAAAGUCUUCAACUACUGCAAAACAUUGAAAAGCACCUUCCUUGGGCUCAAUAACAUUGCAGCUUUUGCCACAGCGGUCAGCUAUUGUCAUGCUCUUUUCUAUGACAGCAAAAUCCGGUGGUUUUAUUAAACUAUUAAACAAACUGAAAUGUAAAGAGAAGCAACUGUACAUCUCAAUAUCUAGUGUCCGAGACUCCUGCGCUAUACAGUACAGGAUGUUCUGUAUUUUAAUUUGCGAGCUUUAAAGGGACAGUUCACCCCAAAAUGAAAAUUCUGCCAUUUACUCAGGUUGUUACAAACCUGUAUGCAUUUCUUCAACGAACACGGAGAAAAAUAUUUUGAAGAAUUUAGAAAAAAAACAGUUCUGGGGCACCUUUUACUACCAUUUAAUUUUUCCUAUUAUGGUAGUAAAUGAUGUCCUGGGCCGGAACUGAAAAGUACUAACAUUCUUCCAAAUUUCUUUCUCUGUGUUCAUUGAAGAAAUAUAUACAGGUUUGUAACAACCUGAGGGAGAAUUUUCAUUUUGGGGUGAACUAUCCCUUUAAUGCGUGAUGAAUUGAAAUAUUCUGCAUCAGAAAAGCAAAAAAAGUGGCUUACUGUGUUAUUGAAAUGACACCAAGUACGAAAUAUCAAUGUAUGUAAAACAGAAUGGGUAUGACAAACGCACACCUCAAGACUGUAGAACAGAAGGCCUCCGCAAUGUUGUGGUUUGUUUUGAAAUAGCAGAGGAAUUGUGGGUUUGACUAGUAUUUAUAAUGCACUUGCUCUGAAUGUAAUUAAAAUGUUUGUCAAUGUCUACAGUAAAAAACACUUUCUGUAAAGCAA